AUGGCGAAGAACAUUCUGGCUAAGGAUCAAUUCGUUAAGCUGAUUGUCGGCGCUGGUCAGGCCAGUCCCAGUCCGCCAGUUGGUCCGGCACUGGGUAGUAAGGGUGUGAAGAGUAUGGACUUUUGCAAGGAGUUCAACGCCCGUACUGCUCACAUCAACCCCGGUGUCCCAAUUCCCGCCCGCGUCACUGUCCGUCCCGACCGAUCCUUCACUUUCGAUCUCCGUACUCCUACUACCACCUACUUGCUCCUUCACGCUGCCAAUGUUGAGCCCCGAAAGAACCGUAUUCGUGGCGCCAUGAACCCUGGUCACGAAGUUUGCGGUCAGAUCUCCCUCAAGCAUGUUUACGAGAUUGCCCAGAUCAAGCAUACCGAGACCCGACUAUCAGGAUUGAGUCUUCAGGGUCUGUGCAAGAGUGUCAUGGCGCAGGCCAAGUCUAUUGGAAUCCAGGUCGUCCCUUGA